UAGUAAUUGACAGAGAUCCUACCUGGGAUAGGAUUUAGUCUCCCCAUACUUCUGAACCAAUGAAGAGAAAAUGGGAAGCAAGACUGAAGCAAAUUGAAGAACGAGCAUCCCAUUAUGAGAGGAAACCAUUGUCCUUGACAUACAGACCAAGAUUGUCUAAGCCAGAAGAACCACCAUCCAUUUGGAAACUAUUUCAUCGGCAAACUCAAGCUUUUAAUUUUGUUAAAAGUUGUAAAGAGGACGUUCACGUAUUUGCUUUGGAAUACAAAGUGGGCGAUGGACAACGUAUUUACCUCGUAACAACGUAUGCUCAACUUUGGUUUUACUAUAAAUCCCGAAGAAAUCUCUUACACUGCUAUGAAGUCAUUCCUGAAAAUGCUGUGUGCAAGCUUUAUUUUGAUUUGGAAUUUAACAGACUUGCCAAUCCAGGAGCUGAUGGGAAAAAGAUGGUUGCAUUACUCAUUGAGCAUGUUUGUAAAGCACUUCAACAGUUUUACAGGGUUAGUUGUUCAGCUGAAGAUGUUCUCAACUUGGAUUCUAGCACCAAUGAAAAAUUUAGCCGCCAUUUAAUAUUUCAGCUCCAUGAGGUGGCAUUUAAAGAUAAUAUUCAUGUUGGUAAUUUUGUGAGAAAAAUGUUAGAGCCUGCUUUUCACUUAAUUGCUAGUGAAGAUGAUGAUAUGACUCCAGAGACAAUGGGCCAUGAAUUUUCCCAUUUUUCUGAAACACCAGUUAAACAAGGAAUUUCCUUUAGCAAAAAGUCCACAGAUAAGGAUAUGGGAGAGAUCUGGACAACGAAUUCAAAGAAACUGGAGAGGCUGGGGUCAGCUAAGCAAAGCAGUCCUGAUCUUUCAUUUUUAAUUGUGAAGAACAACGUAGGAGAAAAGCAUCUUUUUGUAGAUCUAGGAGUUUAUACAAGAAAUAGAAACUUUCGACUGUAUAAAUCAUCAAAAAUAGGAAAGUAUGUGCCUUUGGAGGUUGCUGAAGAUAACAAAUUUUAUCCUGUACAAUCGAAGAAUAUUUCCAAAGAAAAUCAAUAUUUCCUCUCUGCUUUGGUCAGCAAUGUCAGAUUCUCAGAUACUUUACGAAUUCUGACAUGUGACAUAUCUCAAAAUAAACAACGAGUUGAGUAUUUUAACCAUACCAGUACUUCAGUAGAAACCAUUGAAGGUUUUCAGUGUUCACCUUACCCUGAAAUUGAUCAAUUUGUUCUCUUGUUGGUGAAUAAAAAUGGCAUUAAAGGAGGAAUCCGGCGCUGGAACUACUUUUUCCCAGAGGAAUUAUUGGUUUAUGAUAUUUGUAAAUACCGCUGGUGUGAAAACAUUGGAAGAGCCCACAAGAGUAAUAAUAUCAUGAUUUUGGUUGACCUGAAAAAUGAAGUUUGGUAUCAAAAAUGUCAUGACCCUAUAUGUAAAGCAGAAAACUUCAAAUCUGACUGUUUCCCAUUACCUGCUGAAGUGCGUCUCCUGUUUCUUCUCAAAGAGGAAGAGGAGUUUACAACAGAUGAAACAAGGGACAAUGAAACCAAGAAUCCUCAUGAACCAUCAUCUAGUGCAUCGUCAAAAGGUACAUUUUCUGAUGCUGACUGGGAUAAUGGCAUUGAUGAUGCUUAUAUCUUGGAGGCUACAGAAGAUGCUGAAUUGGCAGACGCUGCAGAGAACAGUCUUCUCGGUUAUAAUGGAAUUGAUGAAAUUCCUGAUGAACUAAUUACAGAAGUAUUACAAGAGUAGCUAAUGAUGGACACUUACAUAACUAGGCUGUAAUCUGCUUGAAAAGAGAUUUAAUAACAAACUAGUAAUUUAUAAAGCCUGUUGUAUCAGCUAAGUUUUAUUACUUUGCUUGCUUCCAAAUCUUAUUUAUUGAAGUAAACCAGUUUUAUUGAAAA